CCUGUUUUAAAUGUCCAGGCUCUUGGAAGGUGACGCCUACCAAUGUACUCGUAGUCUGUUCCCUAAUGUCUUGGCUAGACUAGCGUUAACGUUACAGUCAGGUCAAAGAAACGAUUUUUAACACAAACGUAGCGACUGAGCUUGAAAGCUAACGCUUUUCACCGGGGCAGCUAGCGCUAGCUAAAGGGAUUCAUGGGAACCCAAGAAGAGAGAGAUUGGGUGGACGUGGCCAAUGAUCUUCUCAGCAAGUGUCAUAUUAACCUGAGGCUGCGGAAGGUGACAGACUGUGACGCCAGUGUUUUUGUUGCUUUGUAUGAAGCAAUCUUGGGGGAAAAGGUCCCAGAUUACAUUGCUGCUCCUAGGAGUCAGGAGGAUGACAUUCACAAUGUGCAGUCAGUUAUUGACUCUCUAGCUCUAGAUUACCUGCAGAUCAGCUUGUCUCACAUCACAGGUGAGAAUGUCGCAAGAGGGGACAAAGAAUCCGUAAAAAACCUGCUGGAAAUCUUUGACGGGCUGCUGGAGUACCUCACGGAGCAGAUCUACGAGGAGGAGCCGGCGCAUGAGGGCCGGGCAGCGGCAGAAGAGCCAGACGGGGUCCCAGGCCUGGGGGGCACCGACGCCGCAGCCCCAGGGACGGACAGGCCUGAGAAGGGCGACCUGCUGGAGCGCGUAUCCCAGUGUUCCAGCAUGCAGUCCACCGUCCGGUCCAGCAGCAAACAUUCCCUCCCGUCCUGGAGCGCCGACGGGUCCGAGUCGACCGCGGAGCUCAUCCGACUGGGAGACUCCGCCCGGACGUUCACCGCCAAACACAGAGUAUGCAGAAGCGCUAGCGACCAGUCCGACGGUGCAGUCAGUGCAGAGCGCCGAUCCUGUGAGGCCCAUCGGACCGGCCCGUCCGGUUCUAGGCCGGGGCACAGCCGCGAGCCAGCAGUGGAUCCAGCCCCGGUCCCCCGGGAUCGCCCCAACGCCAGCGCCACCCUCCUGAGGGAGCCCCUCCACUCGGCCAUCCCCCUGCUGCCCCCCUACCAGACCACCCCGCAGCGGCCUGAGCGCCGGCCCCCCUCCGGCAGCCAGUCCCCCGCCAGCGUGUCCAGCCACAGGGGGGAGGAAGAGGAGCAGAGGCCCCCGGUUAUCAGAGUGAAUGGCCUGUCCCCCAGGCCGCCGUCUGACGCCGCCCCAGCCAAUGGCCUGCAGUCUCCCUGUCACUUCCUGGAUGAGGGUGAAAGGUCCGUGUCCAAUCAGAGGGCGGUCAGUUCUGAGGUGGACAGGAAACAGAUGGAGCCCUCCGGUGGCGGGCCCAGGCGGGUGCUGUUCCGCACGGAGCCGGACGUCCUCUUCCUCACCCUGAGAAACCGCAGCGGAGAGGAGAGCCAGGACGGCACGGCGAGCCCCCCGGCCCAGAAACAGGACCACAGAGGGCACAGAGACCGGGGCGGACCCAGGGGGGGCGGGGCGCUGGAGGAGGGGCGGGCCAGCGAGCCCCUGUCCUGGCACAGGCAGAGGAACCGGCAGACCGAGCAGGAGCUGCACCAAAUGUCCGAGAAGCUGACCCGCCGCCUGGAGGAGCUGGACGCCAUGCUGAAACGGGCCCUGGGGGAAGGCGGGGAGACUGCGGACACCAAGGAGGAGGACAAGCAUUCUCACCACAGCGACAGCGUCAUGGAGUGCCGCCGGACCAGGAGACAGACGGGUACGCCGCACACGUCCAGGUCUCCUCGCACACGCUCCCUGUCGCCCUCGCCCCCCCCGGCGCGCCGCUCGCUGCAGGCCCAGCUGGAUGAGGCCCUGAGCCGCAACGUGCAGCCGCACAUGUCCCGCGUGCACAGGGAGGAGCAGCGGGAGCUGCAGAGCCAGCGGCGGCUGGGCCAGGUGGUGAGCAGGGCCUAUGAGGACGAGCUGAAGAGGCUGGAGGACCGGGAGCGUGCGGACAUGGCCAGGAGCGAGGAGGCCAGGCACGAGAGGGAGUACAGAGAGGCCGUCCAGAAAGGUGUUCCCCGCGUACCAGAUCCGUCCCAAGUCUUCAGCCCCAAAGCGCCGAACCAGCACCGCCCCCCCAGGGCGAGGCAGCUCACGCCAGGCAGAGGGAGGCAGCAUCCACGGAAACCUGCACUGAUGAAGGUGAAGGAAAACGAUCUGCUCCCUCUGCUGCUGGAGGAGUUCCCCCACCUGCAGCUCUCCCCCCACACGCUCACGCGCAUGUGGAAGAAACAGCUCAAGCAGGUGGACCACCUGGCGGCCGUCGGCAACCACCACGCGCGCAACAAACUAACCAGCCAGGUGGAGGAGGCCCAGAGGAGGCAUGACCUCCUGGUGGAGAUCAUCCGAAAAGAGCAGGAGCACAACCACCGGCUGAGGGACUUCAAAGACCGGAUCCAGCAGCAGAAGUCGGCCCAGAACAAGCUGAAGGAGCAGAGGAGGCAGAUCGCCCGGGCCAAGAAGUACCACAGCGACUACCACGUGCAGAUGCGCGCUCGCAUGAUGAGAGCCCGCACGCGCGAGGAGAGGAUGUUCAAGCAGAUCUUCGAGGAGGGCCUGGAGCUGCAGAAGUCUCGGCUGAGAGAGGAACGGGCCUACGCCAAGGAGGUGCGGCAGGAGCACCAGCGCAAGCACCGGGACGAGCUGGAGUCCAUGGAGAACUACUACAAGGACCAGUUUUCAUUGCUGGCCGAAACCCUCGCGCAAGAAAGAAGGGAAAUCCAAAUGCGGAAGAAGGCCCAGGAGAAGGCCCUUCAGAAGAUGAAGAGGGAGCUUCGCAGCAAGAUGGAGAGGGAGAUCGGCGAGCUGCAGAAGAUCAUCAUCCAGAACGACGACGACGACUACUUCUGGGACCUGGAGGCCGAGAGGCUGCGGGGGAAGGUCAAAAUGGCCUCCUUCCAGUACAGCGCCGGCCACGUGCCCUGAACCUCGGGCCCGACACCCGCCGCCUUCCGGAACCUUCCGCUGCUAGAGUCCGCACCAGGGACUGCUUUCUAACAGCCUUUUUUUUUUUCUUCUUUCUCCAAAACACUUCGUCAUUUCACUUGACUUCCCGUUUGUGCAAUUUGGUAAUGCAAUUUUUGUUUUUAUAAGAAGACGGAGACGGGGGACCACGAAACUUCUCUCUCAGUUUACCUGGACCAUCAAGAAAGAGGAUGUGACACUAAUAAUGAGGAAGUUCAAACGGAAGAUUUGUUUGGUUUUUUUUAAAAUCUGACAUUUUAACUACAUGCUGGAUUUUUAUCUUCCUAACGUCUUAAACACUGUUAAAUGAUUGCUGAAAGCAAAACCAGGUCUUAAAUUAUUUAUUAAAUCUCCAUUCAGGGUUUUGGUUAAACUGUCCAACUGUGUUGUGCAUUUUGAUCACUAGGGGGCGCUAAUAAACUAAAAUCUGUAAAGGAUCCUGCAUUACCACUUAAAGCAGAA